AUGACAACCUCUUACGAGAAAGCCCUUCACCAAAUCGACCAAGCCCAUUCCGAAGACCCUCACCGAAUCCCCUACCCGAACGCCUCCCAACUCACAUCACAACAAGAUGAAGUCCAAGAAAACGAAACAAUCCCCUACGAACUCCACUACGCCACCAAAAUGACCCAGUACCUCGAUAAACGCCAGCCGCACGCAUCCGAUUUCCUCCGCCUCGCUAUCCGCGCUCAACACUUUCGUCGCUGGGAGGUUCCGAGGAACAGUUAUCCGAUGACUAAAAUUGGUUAUCAUUCGUGGAGGAAUUUUCUUGCGAAACGGCAGGCUGAGCUUGUUGUUGAGAUCUGUGUGGAGAGUGGGUAUACACAGGAAGAGGCGGAGAGGGUUGGUGCGUUGGUGAGAAAGGAGGGGUUAAAGCGUAACCCUGGGGAGGAGGAUGAAACGCAGGUCCUGGAAGAUGUGGCCUGUUUGGUAUUCUUGGAUGAUCAGUUUGAUGAUUUUGAGAAGGGAAUCAAAGAUGAAGAGAAGGUGGUUACUAUUCUGAGGAAGACGUGGGUGAAGAUGUCCAGCAAGGGACAGGCGAUGGCAAUUGAGUUGAGUGGGGAGAUGUCGGAGAGGGCGAGGGGAUUGGUGCAGAAGGCUUUGAGUGGUUGA